CGCGAAAUUCAUUUCUUUUUUCGCUCGCCGCUUCGGGCAAACAAUCCACGCAGAAAUCCGCGGCAGCACGUCUGCAAGGCCAGUGCAAUGAGAUUUGGCUCAUACCAUCUUGAGCGCGUGGCUCUCUCGCUUUGCGGCGUGGCGUCGCCCCGAUGCCCCGCGCCUUGCCGUGGUCCGCCCUAGCGUUGGUGGCAUGGUCGCGGGCGCGGCCCAGCGGCGUGGUGGCUCCAGAGGACGGCUCCAGUGAAUGCGAAGCGGAUGCUCCGGAGGACGCCGUGCUGGCGCGGUUCGCGGACUGCCUCUUCACGGACGCUGACUGCCUCAGCCACCUGAAUGCGUCGUCGGGUGCAGAUCUCGUGCGAACCGGGGAUGUUAUGGCGGCCUUCGAGAAGGUCGGUAGGGACGGCCUGCACGCCGGCAGCAUCAAAGCCCCUGAGUGGGUGGAGAGGUUCGCUUCGCACCGGUGUGUAGGGGCGGUCGAGGUGCUGCCGUUCCCGGAGUCAGCCACUGCUGCCGACUCGCUGCGGACGCGCUUGCGUGAGUUAAGCGCCACUGGCCCGCAGCCGCUGCUAGUGCACGUAGAUGGUAUCAAUGACGGCUUGGGCGCGCGCUUCAAGAAGGCGAUAGAGGUGGUCGCUGCAGCGCUGCAGAUGGGCUUCUUCGCGGUAGCCCUGGCGCUGCCGCCUGCUGGAAGCGCGGUGCACCUGGCGGAGUGGGAGCACGGCGCAGUGUGGUGCCACGAGAGCCCCGCGGGCGCGCCGGGCGACCCAGGCGGGCAGCUUUAUCCGCUGAUCUGCUGGCGCUUCGAGCUGCAGGCCGACCUGCUGGGCCAGAGCCCGCGGCCGGAGGGGCGCGUGCUGCUGUGGGGCGCGCCGGGUGGGCGGGCGCCUCCCGGCCCGGCGGGCGCGGGUGGUUCCCCGCUCCGCUGCUUCCAGUUCAAGGCCAAGGGCGGGCAGCUUCCAGAGGGCCUCGUCUGGAACUUUGUCGCGCGCGAGGGCGUCUCCAAAGCCGCCCGGCAACGGCUGUUCGAGAGCGCGCGCGCCUUCUCGGCCCCGCUGCGCCAGCUGGCGGGCCGGCGCGAGGCACGUUGCGGCUUUGGCGGGCCAGAUGACUUGCUGCACGCCGCCGUGCACGUUCGGCGCGGGGACGUGGGGGACUCUUCGAUGUAUGCCGUCACCCAGCAGAUGAGCCUCGAGGAAGAAAACAUCGCAUCGACAUACACUUUCGGGUGGUGCCCGUGCCUUCUUUUGUUGCUCCAGCAACAAGGGCUCCUUCGCGCGCUGGCUGUGCGGCCUGCCGGGGCGCGGCCGCCGGCUGGCGGUGCACGUGUACACCGAGGCACGGGGCCUGUCCCGCGAGGCCCUCCGGCAGAGCAACCUGUCCGGCUUCGCCUUCCCGCCGGCAGCCGGUGACGCGGACGCGCCACGCUUCCACGCGACCGGCAGGCUCGAGCCCCCCGCGCCCUGCGACAGUGUGCUCCAGGAGGUGCACUUCGUGGUCAACAACAACCCCCGCGAGGCGCUCCUCUGCAUGGCGCGGGCCGACGUGCUGGUCACGAGCUUCAGCAGCCUCGGGUGGGCUGCCGCUGUGUUCAACGGCGGCACCGUCUACCACCCGAACCCGAAGCACUACCAAAGGGAGCCGACGCACUGGGACCUGCGAGAGCAGUAUCUGGACUGGGCGGACAAUUGGUUCCUGAUGGCCGACGGUGCUGGAGCUCUCCGGUGCACCGCCUUCGCGCUGCUCCUGCCCGCAUUAUUGGCAGUGGGCGGGCACGUGCCGUGACUGCGUCGAACGGACACAUCUCACUUGCAGGUUGCCGUCGAGGCAGACGGGCUGCUCCGAUAAUUAGGCAGCGCUGUCGCUCCUCUGAUCUCCCAGGCUGGAAUCGAUAGGCAGACAUUCACAGCAGGAAUCGGCCGUGUUUCGUUUCCCUGCCUGCUACCUUUUGGGCUUGGGGGUAGCUUCCUUCGGCCGUCUCCGACCCGCCAUUAUUCACAGGAAGUUGCGCUCGGUCUGGAAACGAUGUGUGACGAGGAA